AUGUGGCCGUUCAGCUCGUCGAGGGACAGCAACGCACCGCCAGCGCCAGCUGUGCCAGAGCACGUUGGCGAAGGCACAGUUGAGCAUUUGCGCCAGCAGUCGUUUGUGACGCCUAGCGACACUGCGCCACCCGAAGCACCAACCGCAGCGAGCCUCUUGCAGCACACCGCGUUGGACCCUGCAAAGCUGCACCCAUUUGCCAACAUUAGCUCGGAUGACCUUGAGUAUUUGGAUAUUGAGGAUGACAAGCCCAACACGCUCCAAGGUUCGCGCACCGCGCUCCCGAGCCGUGGCUGGAGCGACGAUUUGUGCUACGGAACAGGCACGACCUACCUAAGUGGCCUUGCCCUCGGUGGCCUUAUGGGCCUGCGCGAGGGUGCUGCGCGUCCGCUCGGUAUUGAGCACCCCACAUUCCGCCUGCGCAUGAAUGCUGUACUGAACCAGGUGACCCGCCGCAGCACCUUUGUCGGCAACAGCGCCGGCGUGAUUGCAAUGACAUACAACAUCGUUGACGCUAUAAUUGACAAUGCGCGCGGCAAGCACGAUAUAUACGGGAGCAUGGCAUCGGGAGCACUGAGUGGCGCACUCUUUCGUGUCACGUCUGGCCCACGGGCCAUGCUGGUCUCCAGCUCGAUCAUGGUCGCCGCCGCAGCUGCAUGGACCGGUGCCAAGCGUGCAUUCCUGAGCUAG